AUGAUUCGCCGUGUUGUCCCAUCGCUAGUCAUGGGCGAGGAAGUCGCCAGAAGAGUCGACCUCCCACCAGAAAUCUGGACAGAAAUAUUUACUUAUUUUCUUCCCUCUGAGCCAGAGGGAAUCUUUCAACAACACUUGCCUCAACAAGACGAUUGGAAAGAUUCGCUACGCGACCUCCGCACAUUCUGUCUGGUCUCCCGUCGAUGGCGCCUUACUGCCCAGCCGAUUCUGUAUCAGAGCCUCAUUAUCGACAACCCCAGUCGCCAUGGUUUGGAUAUGAAGCUAUUGAGAACUCUAGCUUUGACUCCUGGGCUAGCCAGCCAGGCACGGACUUGCAAGCUGCUUGAUAUUGGGCGGCAGGGGCAAGGGGUGGAAAAACUACUUUCUGCCAUCUUACGAGCACGUUUGCUGGAUAAAUAUCGCCCUCCUUCAGAGGGACUCGCGGCGAUCACUCUUGCAUUGACCACGAAAGCACGACGCAUUGAGAUUAGUCCUGGUCCCCAGCCUUACGGCCUGAUUUGGAUGCUGAGCGGAUCACUUGAUAUACAAGAGGGGAACCCCGAGAGCUUCUUUCGUUUCCCGAAACCGGUGACGGAAUGGACGAAUGUGACAACAAUCCAAGGCGAUGUUGCCAAAGGGAUCAAUAGCCUGUCCUCUCAUUUACCACGCGCAAGAGAUCCAAGCGAAGCUGACAUUCGGCUCUAUGGCGUGAGAGCCUUUGCCAACUAUGGGCUGCUACACCUUACAGAUUUGCAUCUGAAUUUUGAAAAUGAGGACAACAGGCUAGUAGAUUUGGCAGCUAUCAGAAUUCUCUUCCACCACCCGAGCCUGGAAAUAUUGCGACUUUCAAACAUCAACUGGCUUACGGAGCCAGGAGAGGAGAUGGGCAAUCAAGUCAUCGAGAACAAAAUUCACACUGUUGACCUUCGCAAUUCCACCGUUAAUGCGUUCUCAAUAAGGCAUAUUCUGAUCAGCUUCUCUUCUCUACGCUAUUUCUCAGCCGAGCUACAUGAAAAUAACCGUUGGAGACCACGAGAAGAUGAGGAUUAUUUUGACUUGAACUUCUGGGAGUUCGAGUCAGCCGAGUUUGGUGCUGCCCUAAGGAGACAUGGACGAAGUCUUGUCGAGCUUAGAUUGGAAACAUGGCAGUACUACUACGACGACUGGGAACGGAGUAUGUCAAGGGCCUUCGGCUCGCUUACUCAGAUCCCCCUUCGCAGGCUAGAGGCUGAGCUGCAUGAGCUUGUCCCUGGAUAUAGGAAUCUAGCUAAUGAUGAGAUCGAAGUGCUCAUGAGUGUUCUCCCUCUAGAGCUCGAGGAGCUGACCAUUCUGGGCCCAAAAAGGGAUAUCUUGGUUGGAAUUGGAUCUUUUCUGCGCAACUGCAUGAGCAGGCCGCUUCGGGUGGUGAACUUGGAGAUGGUUGACUCGAGCCCUCUCGAUGAGAGUGAAACAAAGGAAAUUGAUGGUUGGAUUAUGGAGCAGGACUGCAGAUAUACACGAACCGCUGCUGGCCGUGAUUUGAUUAGAUUUGUGUCCUUUGUCAAGGUACGCGUUCGCACUUGA